GUGCUCGCCGGCCGCUCAGACACGAUGAAGCUGCAGUGGUGCCUGUUGGUGGUGGCCGCGGUGGGCAUGGCCAGCGCCAAAACCUCCCUCGAAGACGCGUCCUCGGUGCUCUCGUCCGCCUUCAAGGACUGUAUCAAGCCCAUGUCGUACGUGUGCGUGCAGAAGAAAGUGCUAGUGUUCCUCGACAGGCUCGACCACGUGCGCUCCAUCCCCGUCCUGGAUGGCUGGAGCGUUGAGAACACGGCCACCCCCGAGGGCAGGGCCUUCCGCCACCCCAUCACCGAGGAGGACCUCUCUUCGCUGAGCGAGGGCCGCGCGGCAAACGGCGCCGACCAGAUCCUCUCCGACAUGAUUGACAACAAACUUGACGAGUUCUUCAGCACCAGGGUAGUCCGCAUGUCGGUGCCCUCCGAAGUGGCCACCGUCGUCUCUGCAAGGGGCAUCUCUGACCUCCCUUCCUUCGACAUCUCGCUCGGUGACUCUUCUCCCAACGGCGAAGCUCGUUUGAAGAAAAAGAAGAAGCUGAAGCUGAAGGCCCUGCUGCUUGGCCUGCUGCUCGUCGGCGGAAUCAAGUUGAUCAAGUUGAUGCCUGUCUUUUUGGCUUUGAUCAAGCUUAAGGCGAUUAAGGCUAUCAUUUUCUCCGUCAUCUCUUUGGCGAUCAGCUUAGGAGGAGCGGCCAGAGGUUUGAUCCAGAGGAAACUCGCCCUUUUCAGCUCGCCCAUGAAACACGUCAAAACCGUUGAGGUUUGGUUGGCUCCAAUGAAGGGAGGUCACGGUGGAGGUCACGGCGGCGGCGGCGGUCACGGGGGCGGCGACAGCUACGGUGCCCCCAGUGGUGGCGGCGGCCACGACUCGUACUCGGCGCCGAGCCACAACAGCGGAGGCGGCCACGAUUCCUACUCGAACAGCUACUCCAGCGGCGGUGGCGACAGCUACAGUGUUGGAGGCGGUUCGUACGGAGGCGGCAACCAUGGAGGCGGCGGAUGGCAGAGCAAGUCGGAUGGCGCCGACCUCGCCUACAGAGCGCACGCCAAAUAGAAACAAACACACCGCAUUUAAUUUUUAAGUAAUUUAUUGAGUAAAAUAAUAUUUAUUGCGAAAUGUUAAUUUAUUGUUGAGAUUUAUAUAAUGUUAAGUUUUCUGUUCAACUCUUCAAAUUGCUCAAAGCUUUCCUGAUCCACCGUUCCUAAUUCUGUAUGAAAACCUCCAAUUCUUCCUUCGCUCGGAAUUCGCCGAAUUAUUUUUUCUCUCCAACACAGAUGAUUUUUUUCCGUUUUCGCAAUUCAACUGGUGCCAAUUAAAUGUAUAUCAGCAGAAGAUCUAAACUUUGAUGAACUCUCUGGUCUCUUAUUUACUAAAAUGAACUACAUAUCAAAACUUCUUCAUGUGUUCCAAUGUACUUUGUAAGUGUCUUGAUGUGCGUCUCGAAUUUGAAAUCAAUUCAAUUUUGACCGCAACUUCCCUCCCACUUGUCUUACUUUUCCAGUUUGAUAUACCAACUGAAACUAUUUUAAGAUUAAGAAAAUAAAUCUUGUUGAAAAACAG